UUCAUAAUUGGAUAAUCUCGUUUCGGUCGCUGUUCGUGACUGGCAAAAAUUGGGAUUGAGACCUAAAAAUAAUUGAUUUAAUUGUAUAUUUAAAGACUAUUUGUUGAAUUAUUUUGUGCCAAAAUCAAAGGAGGCCAACACCAUGCAGGGAAUGCAUGAGACCGUCCCGAGUUAUCAUCCGGUGGAACAACAGAGAUUCAAUCCAUACACAUUUAAUGGAGGGACCAUUAUGGCUAUGGCCGGUGAUGACUAUGCAAUCAUUGCUUCAGAUACAAGGCUCAGUGAAGGUUUCUCUAUACACACCAGGGAUAGUCCAAAGACCUAUCAAUUAACUGAUGGUACUGUUUUAGGAUGUGCUGGUUUCCAUGGUGAUGUUCUAACAUUGACAAAAGUUCUUGGUGCAAGACUGAAGAUGUACGAGCAUGAGCACCAUAAGAAGAUGUCUACCACAGCAAUAGCAGCGAUGCUUUCAACGAUACUGUACUAUAGGCGAUUCUUUCCAUAUUACACCUACAACAUUCUAGCGGGGCUUGAUGAGCAAGGUAAAGGUUGUGUUUAUAGUUUCGACCCAGUAGGCUCAUAUGAACGAGAGACUUACAGGGCCGCAGGUUCAUCUAGCGCCCUCUUACAGCCGCUUCUAGACAACCAGAUCGGGGGCAAGAACCAGGAAGGCUGGGUGAAGGAGCCAAUUUCGCUGGAGAAGGCCGUCGCUCUAGUAAAAGAUGUCUUCAUCUCGGCAGCAGAGCGCGACAUCUACACUGGCGACGGGAUUGUACUUCAUGUUCUUACAAAAGACGGCUGCAAGGAGGAGAGGUUCCCUCUAAGGCGGGAUUGAUCUAUUUUCCUUUCUCUUUGUAAUUACAUGUAUCUUGUUUGUACAGUGUAAAUUUCUCAGCAUACUACAUGUUUUGACUCGUACAGAAUGUAGAAAAUUUCACAUGGUGGGGGGGUGAUCAGAGAGAGAUCAGAAUGUUAUAGUAGGGGUAUUCCUGUGAUUUUAUUCCCAAAAUUUGAAUAACUUUUGUCAAUUUGGUAUUCAUGGUGAGUUGUGCAUGAAAUCUGAUUUUAUAGGAAGUGCUCACCCUAAAGAAUCAGGUAAUGGGAAUGGGAGGAGCUAUACAGGCUGCACUGAGAUCCAUAUCACCUGUCACCCUCCAUGAUUUCCAAUACCGGACUACAGUAAAACUGGGCUUACCCUGUACAAAGUAUAUGGGGCUUUGCAAAAUCAUUGUAAUUAAGAGCCAUGAUAUUGUUUUAUCUAUCCUAAAAAUAACAGAAGAAGGACCUAGUCCUAGCAAUCGUGACAUCAAUGUAAACUUGUAUAGGCCUACUGGUAAACAUCUUGGUGAUUUGUAUUAUUGAUUUUGAAAAUAUCUUCACAAAGGCUUCACACUAACUUUUUUACAUGGUGGCCCGAUUAGUCCACCAAAAUCAUUAAUUUUAUAUUUUUGGUGGCCCUCAAGCAAAUUUGGUUGCCCCAUAGCCAAAGAAAGCAUUAAAAUUCAUCAAGACUGGUAGCCCAAUAAGACCACCGAGUGUGGGUUUUUACAGAAUUUUGGUGGCCAGACUUUUUUGGUUGCCCUUGCCACUGCUGAUGUCAAGCCCUGUCUUCACUUUGUAAUGCCAUCUGAAAUGUGUACAGGUAGGUUACUUAGUACAUGUACCUUGGCAUUUUUCUAGUUCUGUAAUCUUUUCUUUGUUUAUGUUUGCCUUAGGUUUUGGUAAAUGAAAUACCUUUCAAUGGCUUUUCAGUUAAUUAUUUUAAGGCAUUCACAGCCUUGUCCAAGAUUCAAAGACUAAAUGUGAUUCAGCCAUUUAUUCAGUUACAGUUUUAUUCCUUCAGGACCCUGUUUUAUAAAGAGUUACGAUUGAUCUAAUCAACCACAACUAUGGCAAGCCGGUAACGUCAACAUCUAAAAUGCAUGUCUAUUCAAAGUAUUUUCUCCAUUAAUGGUGUUGACUUGUACAUUCUUCUUCUAGUCUGGUACAAUCCACCAAUGACGUAUUAUCAUAUUACCUUUUCCCACUGGUGUGUUUAUCUUUGUUUACACACAACAUCGUGCAAAAUUUCCUGUAGGAAAUGUUAUGACAUUGAUGGAUAUCCAUGGCAUUGAUGUUGAUUGGAUCAAUCGCAACUCUUCGUAAGACAGUGCCCAGGCCAGACAGGAAUGGCCCGAGUUUGAAUACAGGACAUCAAGGUUCCGUAACACAAAGGUUAGCGAUUGAUCGUACACUUGAAUUUCACGAUCGAUUGUACAUUGUAUUCUAUGGAAUCAAUCUUAGAAAUAUGUUCUACGAUGAUUGCUUAGCUUUGUGUUACGGGCCCCAGGAUAGCUGUGGUUCCACCAUUCUUUCCCAACAGGCAUAGAGAUGCAGUGUACGUCUCUAUUCUUCAUUAGAAAAUUGUCCUAAUUUUAAUAAAUGUUAAUCAACAUCAGUUUAUUUUAGAUUGAAUACCGAUGUUUAUAAAUGUAAUUGAGAAAACCACCUGGAUGGCCACAUUCUACUCAUUAGGUAAAUUUUGGCAUAAGUUAAUGAAAAGCUUCAUUAAACGACCCCCA